AGAAGACCAAGAAAAGCAGAAAAUCCUCACAUUUAAGAAGCUGGAGCCAUUCUUUCAGUCGAGUAAUUGUGUCAAAUCUACUUGGAGCCAUGAAUCAAGUUCUGCUUGUUGGAUACCACUGUGUGACAGGACACAGUAAACCUAUAAUCCUGAUGUUUUCCUCAGCUGUACUCAUUGAAGUCAUUUUGGUCUGAACCUGCAUUAAACCCAGAGACUUGUGAGGGGAAAGAAUUUGCACCUUUAAGGGCUCUGUGCCAAAUCCUGCACACAAGGCGGUCCACUGGAAUGCACUUCCACUCAGGCACAAUAACCACUGUUGACAACAUACCUGACCGUCUGAGGGGAAAGUGGUACUUUUUGUUAUAUCCUCUAGAACUGCAGCAAGCGGGCAACAUGAAGCCUAAAUCUUUUUCAUCAAUGCUGUUUGACAGAAAUUCAGCAGCAGCCGAGACUCUGAACAUACGAGCUUCUAACUACCAGCGGCACGUGGACAGCGUGGAUCAGCAGGAGAGUCCGCAUCACUCCAGACCCGACGACAGCAGACAAACUGAGAACUGCCACAGAGAAAUCCAUUUUGCGUUUCUGCCAGAGAGGUACGAGCCACUGGUUGAUGAUGAGGCAAAAGCAGAGAAGAAGAAAAGGAAGAAGGAGCAGUACAAGAAAGUAAAGAAGAAUGUUGGUAAAGCGCUUCGCGCCACCUGGAAGUGUCUGAUGCUCGGUCUGUACAAUUUUGCCCUCGGCUACUCGACUCCGAUCACAGUGGCCGCGACCUUCGUCCCCGACUUUCACACGGGCAGAAACACGUCCUAAGCUGAGCCACAUGCGCCUCCUGCAGUUUCUUUCCAAACUGUACUGUACAUACCAGUAAACCCAUGGACACUGACCAAAGAUUUGUAAUGUGUUUAUAAAGUGUGUGUAUUUUAAAUUACAAUUUUGUAUUUGUUACCAUUAAUUAUAAUGGAAAUGUGCUCUUUAUUUUUUCUGUAGGCAAAUCAGCCUUUUACACAGUAGACAUUUUUAAAGGCACAGGUGUUACUUAUACCAUUAAUGAAAAUGAAUUGUCAUUUAUUUUGAUAAUUGAUUAAUCAUUUAAGUUGUUUUUUCAAGCACAAAUGUGAAAUAUUUGCUGGUAAUGAAGAGUUUGUGGGUUCUGGACUGUUGGUUGGACAAAGGAAGCAUUUUGAAGAUGUCCAUUUGAAAUCUGGGAAAUUUCGAUGAGCAUUUUUCACAAUUUUUUGACACUUUAACGACAGAAAGACAAAACGAUUAUCUGUGAAAAUGAUCAGCAGAUUAAUCAAAACU